AUGACAAUAGGUGCUGACAUUCGGAUAGUGCGUGAUGACUGCGAUUCUCAUAGUAAUGUCUGGAACAAUUUCAAGUUGAAACCCAAUAAAAUGAGUCAGAAGAGAUCUACGAAAAAGUCUUGUAUUGACUGUGAGAAACCAGCUCCUGACAAAAUCCAUUGGGCACCGAGACUUCCAAAGACAAGAAGUGGAAAGAUAAUGAGAAGAAUUUUGAGGAAAAUAGUUUCAAGGCAAUUAGAUGAACUUGGGGAUACAAGCACACUUGCAGAUCCAAGCGUCAUUGAUCAGCUUGUUGCACUUGCUGACUCUUAG